AUGUCGAGCUCUAGCCUGUACUCGUCCGUGUCGAGCACGUCGCGCAUCCCGGGCGCGCAGUUGCUUUCGAGCGCCGUACUUUGGCCGGCCUCGUUCGCCUCCGCCUCCGCGCCCACACCUUCGCCACCAGCGCUCGUGGUCCUCUCGCCAUCGGAGCUCGUCCAAUUGCUGCCGUCGCUCAAGCCUUUGCUGCGAUCGCCCGUCGUUCUUCAAGUCUCGACUGCUGCCUCGAAUGGUGACCACUCGGCUGUCACUGCCCUGCGCUCGACCGGCCUCCCCUUGCUGUACUCGGCCAAUCAGCAGCAAGCCGACGCGAACGCGCUCGUCGCAGCUCAUGUAGCCGCCCAAGGUCGUGCCGUCCUGCACUUUGGCGAGUUUGCUGCGGAUGCCAUCUCGUUGGGACAGCAUGCCAGUGUAUCGCAAGACUGGGUCCGAGGUGCCGCCGCCGCCGCCGCUUCGUCCGCGCAGUCCAACGGCAAGGUCGCGAACGGUUCUUCGAAUGGCCACUCGCACGCAGCUUCGCCUGCGGAUGCUUUGCUGGCCUCGUUCGAAUCCGCUUUUGGCGCUUUGCCGAGCUCGAACGCUGCUUCGGCCGUCACCUCGUCGGGAUCGGGGUCGACGGUCGUGUUGGCGCUGGGCGACGUCGCUGCCUUGGCCUCGUCGAUCCCCGCCGAUGUCACUCUCGUCUCGCUUAACCUCUACCGACCUCUCUCGGCGCAACGUAUCCGUCAGCUUGUUCCAUCGGGCACAUCGAACGUCGUCGUUCUCGAGCAAAACUAUCAAAGGACCGCCAAGUGGUCGCCCCUGUUCCUCGACGUCGUCGGAGCCUUCGCGGACAGCGACGAUGAGGCGCAGGUCCCAACCAUCCUUUCUGCAACGCUUGGCCAAGUUCAAGAUGGAAACGCCGCGUUCAAGGCUAUCCAAGGUGAGUUCGAUUCGCAGUGCUUCUUCCCACGUAGCGAGUGACGCCCCGAUGGCCAAAGGCUGAUCUCACCGUCCCUCCGUCGAUCGCCGCCAGACGCCGUCGCCACUGGAGCGAGCCCCAUCACACUUGGCACUAUCCCUUCGCCCUCGGGCGCAUCUGCGUCCACCUCGGCGGUUGUUGUCCCUCCCAAACACGAGUCCACAUACACGAACUUGUUGAACGAAGUUUUCGGCCAGCGACUGUGGGUGGCCAACGCGCCCUCUUCUUUGUUCCCCUCUUCCUCGACCUCGACCAUCUCGGCCACUUCACCCGAGUACGCCCUCGGACACGUUCUUGGCGCGCAAAAGAAGCGAGAGGAGCUUCGCCGAGCCGUCCGCGAGGCCGUGGCUGCACCGGGGAUCGAAGAGUCGGCAGCCAAGGCGCUUACCGCAUGGCUGCAGGACGACCGCAGCGACAAGGUCGUCAAGGCUGCUUCGGACGCUGCCGUCAAAGUUGCCUCGUCUUCGCUCCGUGAGGCCCAGUUUGGUCGCAAGUCUAACUGGAUUAUUGGCUCCGAGACUUGGUCCCACGAUCUCGGUGCUUCGGGUCUGCACCACGCCCUCUCGACGGGAGCCGACGUCAACUUGCUCUUGAUCGACACGACCCCUUACGCUCUCCCCGGCGAAGGACCCACACCUUCUCAACGCCGCAAGGAUGCCGGCUUGUACGCCAUGACGUACGGCAACGCCUACGUCGCAUCCGUCGCCGUUUACGGUGAUUUCUCGCAGACCUUGCGUGCCUUUGCCGAAGCCGAUGCGUACAAGGGCCCUUCGAUCAUCCUCGCGUACUUGCCCGGAGGCGAGAAUGACUCGACCCGAGCGCUCGAAAUUCUGAAGCAGACGAAGAAGGCGAUCGAGAUUGGCACAUGGCCCUUGUAUCGAUGGGACCCUUCGGCCGAGGCUCGAGGCGCCGAGGUCUUUGAGCUCGACUCGGAGAAGAUCAAGGCUGAUUUGA